AUGCUAAGUCUGCGGGAGCAGCCUUUGCGGCAGGACGAUAAGAAGAAGCAGUUUGCCUACGACUCCGAGGGCAACGUCAUUGUUCAGCCUCCACAAGUGCAUCGCUUGCCAAAUCCCAUUCCCGCGAUGGCCUUCGUUUUGAAGGAAGAUGCGUCCCAGGAGCUGCGGGUGCCUGCCGAGAAGAGGGCACCACGCGCUCGUGACAAACUCACAAAGGGCAAAAGGAGAGAUUCCGACUUCAAAGAUGGAGUCAAGAAGUUCGCAUCACAGCAGCCAUCAAUGAUGGAGGCCAUGAUGAUGUCGCCGGGAGUGGAGUUGGAAGAAAGGAACAGGACCAAGCGCGGAGAGAAGGCAAAAGUCGACCCGGGAACAAUGUCUCGGAAAGAAUAUGAGGAAAUCGCCCGAGGAGGAAUGCCACCCAAUAAGACAGGUAGCAAGGCUGUGAACACCCCACCUUUGCCGGCGCCAGCUGUUCACAAGUCUCUUUCGGGUCGUUUGGGCUCCGCGGCUCCUGGAUCAGAACAGGGGCCGCAGGAAAGUCCUGAUCCCGCGAAGAAUGUGCGAGCUGAAGUUGGGUCUGAUUCGGUGAAGGCACCAGUGCCCCCGAAAGCACCACGACCGCUUCAGCCUUCGCCUCCAUCAGCAAGAAACCGAGUCGAGUCAAGGCGAGAUGCUUUGGGAUUUUCCUUGGCUGCCCGCGAGCGGAUCCGUGUGAAUGCUGGCUCGCGCUUCCCCGACUGCGCGCCGCAGCCACCAUUGGGUGCAACCAUGGGGCAUGGGCUGUUCCCGCACUCGAGCAAAGAUCAGGAAUUCUACUUUCCCGGUGCAACAAGCGCUCUGGAGUCGGACCUGAUGGACAUGCCUCCUCCAAAAGAGCAACUCCAGGAUCAGAUUGUCAGCAAGCCGGCCCCUGAGCAUUUGCGUUGGACCUUCCUGAGCGGUUCAGCAGUUUGCAGCACCCUGUCAGCAACGGAUGCUGCCAUUUGCUCAGAGGGGGACAUGGGCCAGGAUGGAGGUGAUGGCCCAAUUGAGGAGCUGGCCGAACUCCAGAUCAAGGAAGAGGCCAGAUUGGAGAAGCUCUUUGCGGAGCAGAGAGAGGAGCGUGGAUUGGAUGACGACGUCACCUUGCAAACUUUCUUCAAGUUGUUCGACAUGUGGAUCCAGCUCUACCGGUUGAACAAAUGCAUGGAGGUGCUUCCAGAAAUUGUUCCCAUAUGCCGCAGCAGAGGAGGCGAUUUUCAUGUGAAAGGCGUCCAGGCUUUGGCUUUUACCUUGUGGAAGAAGUCCCAGUUCAAUGACGCAGUCAAGCUGUUUCAUGAGAUCGAGGAUCUCAUCGGCUGCAGCGCAGCUUUGUGCGAAAACAUGGGCCACACCUACAGUUCCAUGGGCAACUUUGACAAGGCAUCAGAAUACUUCAAGCGGGCCUUGCUGUGCUUGGACAAGGAGGAGGAGAUGGGGAAGAAAACUGGAGACCGUGCAGGCAUCCUGCUCGGCUUGGGAUUGAUCGAGGAUCGCCUGGGGCGAUUUGAGCAGGCCCUUGCAUCCGUGCGACAGUCUCAGGACCUUUUUCGGCAGCGCGCGAACGGCAAGCCGUCCUCACUGGUGGCCAAAGCUGGGAUGUCCAUCGCAAAAAUCCUACUCAAGUUGGCCCUACAGGAGCCCGACGACAUGAAAAGGCAAGAAAUGGAGGAUGAGGCCAUCAUCCGGGAAGAGGAGAAUGUGGCUUUGUUCGAGGUCACUUGCGGUGAUGACAGCCCGCUCACUGCAUCCGCUUUACGCGGUUUGGGAGAAGCGCAGCAACGCAGGGGGCGAAUUCCGGAAGCCAUAGCGAGUUUUGCGCGCUCCUACCAGAUUGAGGCUCAGAAGGAUGCCUUUGACUUGCUCGGGAUCAUGGAGGUCCACAACCACCUCUUCGGAGCUCACAUGGAUCUCGUGAAACUCGGGCAGCCCCUGGAUCGAAAGAGCUUCCGCGCCUACUUGCCCACCGUUGACCUGGCUCUUGCCAGGGUUCGCAACAUGAAGCAAGAUGCAAAUGCUGGUGCUUACUACAAGGCCCGGCUGGAUCCGCAGAUCUGUGCCCAUGGCUCGGACUUCCAGGACUUGUCCGGCAUGUUAGCGUUGGACGGGCGGCAGAGGAAAACGUCCUGUGGUGCGCGCUUAAUGUUUCAGUCUCAGUCCGAAUCUUGCACUGUCUAUGAAACUCUUUAUCAGGAUGACUCCGGCGAAUUUGAUUUCGGCGAGUGGCCUGACAAAAUGCCGUUGGAUCUGGCCAUGCUAGCGCGGACAUGGAAAUCUCAGAAUGCUGCUGCCAGGUAUGAUGCUCCCAUGGGAGUUUCCGUAAUGGAGGCGCGUUGCGCAUGGGUCUGGGUGGUUGCAGGUGGGACACAGACCCAUGAGUGCGUCCAGGCGCAAGAAGAGGAGAAAGCAGAACUGGCACCACCAGAGGCUGAAGUCUUCAUGACCCGAGAAACUGGACGAUACGACUGCCAGAACUGUGGCUAUGAGUACAACCCGCUGUUCGGCGAAGGAAACUUCGCUCCAGGAACAAAGUUCGAGGACUUGCCCGACAGCUGGCGAUGUCCACAGUGCCAAGUGUCCAAAGAUGAGUUUCAAGCCGUGAUAGAGGAGGUGGCCGGGUUCGCAGAGAACCAGGAUUAUGGUGUUGGCUUCAAUACUUGGACGUCUGGCCAGAAGGGCGUCAUCAUCUGGGGCUUGCUCGGCGCCGGGGCCUUUCUCUUGCUGAGCGCCUACUCAUGGGAGUGA